AUGUUAGGAAAACAAAUUUUGGAUGGAAUCGGAAUGAAUCGUUUACUUGAAUUUCCAUUAAAUAGUCAUCCAAGAGCAGGUUGUUUAUCAAUACCAAAUGAUUUGAAUCCAAUAGGAUAUUUUGAUCCAUGUAAAGAAGGUUUAGUACUCAAAUUAAAUGAUUUAUGUCAACAUAUUGAACAAUUACCAAAACAAAAUUAA